AGGACCAUAUUAAACAUUACUGGAUACAAACAAGUCCUUUUGUCUUUUGUAGUCUUCCCUUGAGAUGAACUCAGCAAUCCACCUAUACCAAAGCCCUCUGCCUGUGGCUCCAGGGCGUCACUCCUCUGCGAGCAAAGCUCAUGCCAGAUUAAGCCAUGGCUCUCUUAGUGUUUCCCAGGGUUCCGAUCGAAGAAGCUACUUGGUUUCAAGUCCAUUACAUAUGAACUCUAGGCUCCACGGAUUCUCAGAGUGGUCCCAGCUGAUGAACGAGGAGAUCGGGAAAAAGAACAAUAUAGUGAGAGGAGAGAGAGGAGCUUCUCCAGCGAUGGCUUGUGUUCUUGGGGCCUUCAGUCUCCAUGGUAAGAUGAACCACAAGCCCAUCUUAGCCUGUGCUGGUCAGCGUUCAGACGCAACCGAAGGUUCUCCUGUGGCGGGUCACUUGAAGGAACUGAUGCUGAUGACGACCCCACCAAAGGAUCGGUUCUUUGAAGAGGAGCCAGACGAAAAUCAGAUUGAAGCCCUCAAGUUGUACACAAUGGCCCUAUCAAAGGAUAAACCAAAGCUUGCGGCAGAUAUACUGCGUAAAGAACAGGCACAAUGGGCGAGCGGAGAAGCCGGUGAUCCAUUGUUAAUGGCGCUCGUUGAAUUGCUCUUGUAUCAGGAGGAUUAUGACGAAGCGAGUAAAAAAAUUAAAGAUCUGAGAGAGGCAGUGAAAGAGGAUACGCAGCCAGAAGGCCCAGAAGACCCAGAAGACCCAUUUGCUUCGACGCCUACCAGUACCAAGUGGAAGAAAUUUUAUCUUCUCAAGGCUAUUGUAGAAUCUGUAAACGAGGCACGCCGAAAAGCACAAGAAGAAGAAGAAGAUGAAGAUGGUGAUGAUGAUAAUGAUACUGGGAAGGCAAAAGAAGCACUGUGGCUCAUUUAUUGCAGAAAACUUGGGUCACCUGGGCUCCCUGGGCCAACAGGAAUCCAUAUGUGACCUUAAUUCCUCUCCAUACAGACAAGUUAAAGCAUCAUCAUGGGAUGAUUAAGCCCUUGAGAAUUAAAUUAUUUAAAAUAAUAAAAUAUAAUUAUUAUCAUGUUUUAUCCCAAAGAAACAAAGAUGUACUGUUGUCACUUUCCGGCUAUCACAUGUAUUUCUCUCUCUAUUUAUGGAGCCAUUUUUUUAAAUUAAAAUUUGUAUAUGCUUCUGUUUCAAUUUGAUUUAGCUUGUAUUUAUUAUAAAUUAGUUUAUUUAUAACUUGUUUGGUCCAGUCCA